AUGGCAAUAACAAACCUUCUAGAUGAGGCAGACAGACACUCAGAAGCCAGUAUACAUGCUACUUCUAGAACAAAAAUCAUUUUUGUUGUCGGUUUGUUCCUUCUUUCGUUAACUGCCUUUGUAUGUCAAACGGAAUUCACAUCACAAGCAUACAAACUAAAAUUCGGCGAGCCGGUUUUGUUAUUGGCCGUAACUCAUGGGUCCUGGUGGCUCUUAUGGCCAGCACAAGUGUUGUUUGUGUCAAUUUGGAGGACAAUCAGUAAAAUGGGUCAACGUGAUAAAACAGUAAAGGUGAAUACAGCCAUGGGGAAUAUACAAUAUCAAAGAAUAAACUCGACUUCGGGACUCCUCGAGGAGCAGGACCAUCCACAGCAAGAAGUGCCAGUACAGCAAGUAAACUACUGGAAAUAUUUCAAAAAGGCAAUUGUCAAACAAUUUCACAAUGUCUAUCACACGUCAGUACUCAUAUAUGAAGCAAAUGUAAACGACAAUAGAUCAACCAAACACCUCAAUGAAAUUAUAGAGAGUAAUGUGCACAUUUCAAGUUCCAGCUCCAUCACAGAUUGCAUUCGAUCAUUUUUUCAAGCACCGUCAAUCAGACAUAUCUUGUUCAAGACGCUCAUUGUAACAACUGUACUUACUCUAGCUGGUUUUACCUGGUACGGAUCCAUGUCCAUGACGUAUCCAGCUGAUGUGACAGCAAUUUACAACUGUUCAGCAUUCACGGCGUAUGCCUUUGCCAUCCCAUUAUUGAAUGAAAAGUUUUCCUGGUUGAAAGUCAAUUCGGUUAUUAUAGCUAUAAUUGGUGUGUUUAUUGUCUCAUACUCCUCCAGCAGUGAUGCAGGUAGUGAAGGCAGUGGCGGUGGCAGUGGCAGUGAUGAGAACCCAUAUCCGUAUAGAUUCUGGGGUAACUUACUUAUAUUCGUGGGAGCUAUAUUGUAUGGUUACUACGAAGUAUUGUACAAAAAAUAUCUUUGCAUACCGGCACAUUUGUCAAAGAUUAUUACCCCAAGGAGACAGCUGACGUUUGCAAAUUUCAUCAUGGGUAUAAUGGGAGCCUAUACCUUGACAUUUUUGGCUCUUUUAAUCGCAGUUUUACAUUUCACCCACAUUCACAGAGUCAAUUUCUUCAACUAUGGCGACAACACUGGAACUAUCUGGCUUUAUAUUUUUGGCUCGAUAAUAAGUAAUCUUUUAUUUAGUGCAGCUUUCUUGUCGCUCAUGGCUUUAACGAGCCCUGUCUUGUCUUCGGUAAGUUCCUUGACAACUAUCUUCCUCAUUGGCUUAGUUGAAUGGGUGGUUUUCGGUAAUGCAUUAGACUUGCAACAAUUGAUUGGAGAUUCAUUUGUCAUUGUUGGAUUUGUCAUGUUGACUGUUGCAUCGUGGAAGGAAAUUAGUGAGGGUAAUGAAGACGAUGAAGUUGAAGCUGUGAGCACCUAUUCGUUUGCCAUGAGUACUGAUGGCACUCAAUAA